AGAGGCAAUUGCCGGUGUAAAUGAUCAUAAUAAUAGCAACACAAGAGGCGGGAGUGUAACGCGAGUCAGUGGCGGCGGCCAGUGCGGGCUGUGACUCCCCCCACCGUACCGUGCACUGGGCGUCAUGUCAUACAAGUUCUCCCAUAUAAACAAGCUGUAUUAGGUGCCUUGUCACAGCAGAAGCCCCCUGCGGGGUGUGCCCCUCCUGGCGGAAGGCCUCUCAUUGUCACUGCCCCGACAGCUGGCAGGGAGGAGCAGUGGUCAUUACCUGCAUCCUGCCACCUUAUCAAGCCUAGUGCUGGCGCCAUCUGCAUUGUAUACUGGUGCAGCCUUCUGGAAGAUUGAUGUCACUUAUAGGAAUCCAAACUUCCUACACCGGUAUUCAAGCACUUUGCUUCUAGAAGUAGAUGACAAUUGCAUUUUUAAAAACUGACUGCCUUCUAUAAUGUACAUAUCCCAGGACAUAUAGAGCAUGCUAAAACCUGUGCCUUUUCACAUAGUUAGAAGCCCGUGGGUAUCCCUUUACCACUCAUGUAUCUUGUCCUUGCUGCUAAACAUUGUGCCCUGAAGCUGGAUGCCUUAGAACUGACCCCAUCGUUUCACAAGAUCUGUCCUAUUUUUACGUGAUGGUUCCAGAGCGUGAUGUUAGGCCCACUAAUUUGUGAUGUCAUCUCUGACCCCACCCUGCGAGGGUGACAGCUCGACACCCAGAUUUUUUGUCGGUGCCCGAGAUGAUGAGACAGACUUCCUGGAAUCAAACAUGAAUCCAUACGAGGUUGAUUUCUAUGAAGAAGAGGAAGAUGAAGAUGAGGAAGAGACGCCUCCAGAGCGUCAGAUUGUGGUGGGAAUUUGUGCCAUGACUAAGAAGUCCAAGUCAAAGCCCAUGACGCAAAUUUUGGGGCGCCUGUGCAAGUUUGAGUACAUCACUGUGGUUAUCAUGUCUGAAGACAUUAUCCUAAAUGAGCCUGUGGAGAAGUGGCCCAUUUGUGACUGCCUUAUCUCUUUCCACUCCAAAGGAUUUCCACUGGAUAAAGCUGUUGCUUACUCAAAGCUCCGCAAUCCAUUCUUGAUCAACGACUUGGACAUGCAGUAUUUCAUCCAGGACCGGAGGGAAGUAUAUCGCAUUUUGCAGCAGGAAGGAAUAGAUCUUCCUCGAUAUGCUGUACUUAACAGAGAUCCUGACAAACCAGAUGAAUGUAACCUAGUGGAAGGUGAAGACCAGGUAGAAGUAAAUGGAGAGAUCUUCCCUAAACCCUUUGUAGAGAAGCCAGUUAGUGCUGAAGAUCACAAUGUAUAUAUCUAUUACCCAACAUCGGCAGGAGGUGGCAGCCAGAGACUCUUCAGGAAGAUUGGCAGUCGCAGCAGUGUUUAUUCUCCAGAGAGCAGUGUUAGGAAGACCGGAUCUUAUAUUUAUGAAGAAUUCAUGCCAACUGAUGGGACUGAUGUUAAGGUAUAUACUGUUGGUCCAGAUUACGCCCAUGCGGAGGCCCGCAAGUCCCCAGCUUUGGAUGGAAAAGUGGAGCGUGACAGUGAGGGGAAGGAAAUCCGUUAUCCGGUCAUGUUGACUGCCAUGGAAAAACUGGUUGCUCGUAAAGUAUGCUUGGCUUUUAAGCAAACCGUCUGCGGCUUUGACUUACUAAGAGCCAAUGGGCACUCUUUUGUUUGUGAUGUCAACGGUUUCAGUUUUGUGAAGAACUCCAUGAAAUACUAUGACGACUGUGCCAAAAUACUCGGGAAUAUAAUAAUGAGGGAACUUGCUCCACAGUUUCACAUUCCCUGGUCAAUCCCAACAGAGGCAGAGGAUAUACCCAUUGUACCAACUACAUCUGGCACAAUGAUGGAGUUGCGAUGUGUAAUUGCAAUAAUUCGUCAUGGGGAUCGGACGCCAAAGCAAAAGAUGAAGAUGGAGGUUCGGCACUCUCGGUUCUUUGAGUUAUUUGAACAUCAUGAUGGGUACAAAACAGGAAAGCUCAAACUUAAGAAACCAGAGCAACUACAGGAAGUGCUCGAUAUAGCAAGACUCCUGCUAGCAGAACUUGGAGCCCAUAAUGAUUGUGAGAUCGAGGAGAGGAAAUCUAAACUGGAACAGUUGAAAACUGUGCUGGAAAUGUAUGGACAUUUCUCUGGCAUUAAUAGGAAGGUUCAGCUGACAUACUUGCCACACGGUCAUCCAAAGACCUCCAGUGAGGAUGAAGAUGCCCGCAAGGAUUCCCCUUCUCUGUUGCUGGUUUUGAAAUGGGGUGGUGAACUUACUCCAGCUGGGCGAGUGCAAGCAGAAGAGCUUGGGCGUGCCUUUCGGUGUAUGUACCCUGGGGGGCAAGGAGAUUAUGCAGGGUUUCCAGGCUGUGGACUACUUCGACUGCACAGUACCUUCCGCCAUGACCUCAAGAUUUAUGCAUCUGAUGAAGGACGGGUACAGAUGACUGCUGCUGCUUUUGCCAAGGGUCUUCUGGCUUUAGAAGGAGAGCUUACUCCCAUUUUGGUUCAAAUGGUGAAAAGCGCAAACAUGAACGGUCUCCUGGAUAGUGACAGUGAUUCCUUAAGCAGCUGCCAACAAAGGGUGAAGGCUCGUCUCCAUGAGAUCAUGCAGAAGGAUGCAGAGUUCAUAAAGGAGGACCAGGAAAAGCUGGCCCCUACAAGCAGCAGUUCUCUCCUUAAUUCUAUGGAGUCAAUAAAGAACCCUGUGAAGACAUGCGACAAGGUGUUUGCACUCAUUGAGAGUCUCACAUGUCAGCUCCAUCAACGCUUAGAAGAUCCUAAAUUUGCAGAUCUUCAGUUAUAUCAUAGUGAGACUUUGGAGCUGAUGUUACAACGAUGGAGCAAGCUGGAGAGAGAUUUUCGCAUGAAGAGUGGACGAUAUGACAUCAGCAAGAUUCCUGAUAUUUAUGAUUGUGUCAAGUACGAUGUUCAGCACAACAGCUCCCUUAACCUGGAAGGGACUGAUGAACUCUUCAAGCUUUCCAAAUCAUUAGCAGAUGUCAUCAUUCCUCAGGAAUAUGGCAUUAAUAAAGAGGAAAAACUGGAGAUCGCCAUGGGAUUUUGUCUUCCAUUAAUUAAUAAGAUCUUGCUGGACUUGCAGAGAACGCACGAGGAUGAGUCUGUAAAUAAACUGCACCCACUCUAUUCAAGAGGAGUCCUUUCUCCGGGGCGUCAUGUGAGAACACGUCUUUACUUCACCAGUGAAAGCCAUGUGCACUCUUUGUUGAGCCUUUUUCGUUAUGGGGGACUCUUGGAUGAGUCUAAAGAUCAACAGUGGAAAAGGGCAAUGGAUUAUUUAAGUGCCGUCUCAGAGCUAAACUACAUGACACAGAUUGUGAUUAUGCUGUAUGAAGACAACAACAAGGAUCCUUCUUCAGAAAAACGAUUUCAUGUUGAGCUUCAUUUCAGUCCAGGAGUCAAGGGCUGUGAGGAGGAUGAAAAGGCCCCCCUGGGUUUUGGAUUUCGGCCAGCAUCAGCAGAAAGUGAAGACAAAAAGACAGAUCAAGGCAGUAUGGAAGACUUAUCCAAGGUUAAAGGUAAAGAUGAGGUGGACAGAUCCAUAUUGAUGUCACCACUGCCCCCCGAGCCAAUCAGCAUUCACAGGAAGUCGCCCCUUACCAGAGCUCGGAAAACUGGGUCAAUGGAGGUGCUUUCAGAGACCUCUUCGAAAUCUGGUGGGUACCGUCUCUUCACUUCGUAUGCCAGACAGCCGUCAGACAUGAAGCAGAGUGGUUUAGGAUCACAGUGCACUGGUCUGUUCAGCACCACAGUGCUGGGAGGCUCCUCCAGCGCCCCAAAUCUACAGGACUACGCACGCAGCUACCGCAAAAAAAUCAGUGCCGCUGCCAGCCUGACUUACAAAGACGAACUGUUGUCUAUGCCAGCUGUAAAAAGAUUUUCUGUGUCGUUUGCAAAGCAUCCGACUAAUGAAUGCCUGGAAGACCACGAGGUCGCCCAGCUGCUGCGUAGCUUUUCCUCUGACUACCCUCAGUCUCGGAACGUCUUUCUGGAUGGGGCCAUGGCCCACCACCUGCACCAAUGCAACUACCAUCUCCGCCUCUUCAAGAACUGGCUGAUAUCGGGCCAGGACGAUUUGGAGUGCCUCUACGGAUUUGAGGGAUGCUCAAUGGUUCCUACCAUCUACCCACUGGAGACACUUCACAACGCAUUAUCUCUCAAACAAGUCAGCGAGUUCCUAACAGACAUAUGUAAAAAGUUUGCCGAGGCUCAUUCAAGAGGAUCAGCAGCAGGAUGUGACUCCAUGAUGAAUCAGUCUGCUGCAGGAGAUGUCUAUCUGCCACACAGGAUUCUCUCGUCAUCUUCACUUCCUUUACGACACCGCUCAGAGCGUCCUCCUUGGUAUAGCAGUGGUCCAUCCAGCACUGUGUCAAGUGCAGGACCUUCAUCUCCCACCAAUAUGGACCUUUCAGCACGUUUUAACUUUAAUGAAAAGACACUUAACGAAGAGCAAGGAAGAAAGGUGAAUCUUGACAAUGAAGAUUUAGUCAGCAAUCAUAACACACCUCCAGCUGAAGAACCUCUGAAGAAUGACCCCUUGUGUCUGUCACUACUGCCUCUUUGUGACAUGCCAACAGCAUCACAGCCUUGUGUGGAAGAUGAGGCUCCUUCUGAAACAGAACCAGCAGGUGAAGACUCACUUCCAAAUGAAGAUCCUAUAGCUGCUACGACUUCUACAAUAUGGAACAGGGACACUGAUCGUCAAGUACUUCAGCAGACGGCGUUAAAUGAGCAACUGUUAACGGAGCUAUCCAUACACGCAAAGGAAACCUCACUUUAAAUAAUAGAUUAAUGGGAUCAGUCCCAAUGUGGUUCAAACAGUAGAGACAAUUUCCCGUCAGAAAAAUAACUGACUUGAGACAUUUUAAUAUUUCAUAGUUCUUCAUGGGGUCAAUAAAUGUAAUGGGUGCCUAAUACGCCCACAAAGGACAUACUGUAUGUGCUUGAAGAACCACCUGGAUUAGCUUCUGCUGUUUGGUUGUAGAGAAUCGACCAAUGUAAUUUCUAAGCUGCUAGAGAAUGAUUUUUACAGAGUGUAAGAUUCUGCUGCUGGCUUCAGCCUUCAACCACUGAUUUACCAUCCUGUGGUCCAAUGCCUUGGACUUUAACUGAACAUGUUAAACUCUGGACUGCUAGCAACACAUACAGUUGGAUAAAACCUGUUUAGUUACACUCUGCAUUACAAAUGUUUGCAGUCUAAUGUGGCUGGUUUCUUUACGUGAACAGUUUGGACUUUUGCUUGGUAUUAGCACCAGUAGAAAUCUUCUGACAGCAGAGUAACUCGCAUGUAGAAAUCUGAUGAUUGUGAACUUGUGUGCUAUGACAUACUGAGGAGCCACUGAUCUACAUCUUGAGCACCAGCUUAUAACAUGCUCACAUUGAGGAGAUGUUUUGCGAUGAUGACUUCCUGACUACUCUUGUAGUGAAUGAAGAUCUUUCAUUCAUUCAUUUAUUUAUUAACCUUUAUUUUUGUAUUCAUCUAUAUUCCUUUCUUUUCCCUACACACUGACCUAUACGUCCUAGCAAUGCUGGUAAUGAUGGUAUGUUCAUAUCAUUCAGCAUUGCAGAAUAAACUGAAGCGAAGUGUAAUACAGGAUUGUUUGGAUUGUCUGCGAUUUGAUGUUGAUGGCCUAUCCUCAGGGUAGGUCAGCAAUAUCUGGUCAGUCGGAGUCCGACUCCCGGCACUCCUACCAAUCGGCUAUUUUAAGAGGCCACGGCACUUUCGUGAUCGCUGAGGCUUCCUCACAGCUUACCCAUCACAGUUUACACUGUAUAGUGACGGUGCUUGGUACUCCUGCUCAGUCCAAUUCAGUUGAAAGGGACUGAGCUGUGCCUACGCCAUGUGACUAAUGAACGGGAUGCCAUUGGCUUAGGACGAGGCUUCAGCACUCACUGGAGCUCCAUGGCCUCUUCAAAUAGCUGAUCGUCAGGGGUGCCAAUGAUGGAGGAUAGGCCAUCAGUAUCAAAAUCUCAGACAACACCUUUAAUUAUGGUUUUGAAACUACUGAAUGUUGUUAGUUCUUUCAAAAACUUCAAUCUCUGGAGGACUGUGUUAAUGGUAUUGUACCAUGUUAUUAAGUACAGUACUCGGAUACUCUUCUUGUGAACACUUGCCAGACACCUUGAAAUUGAAAUUAAUUUUGUGGAGUUUGGUGUCAGUACCUUGAAGGAUUUAUGACUGAAAAAUGUCUGCACUGAGCUAUUACGUCAUACACUAUUUGCAUUCUACGCUCUUGUGGUAUGACUGGUUGUGCCAGAGAGAAGAUAGCUAAAAAGUUAUUUUUGAAUGUGUAUGUUAGGGUCUACAUCCAAUGGCUGACUUGCAUUCAUUCUGCCUACUUUGGUAGACUGUAUGUAGAAUAUACUGCCGAGAGUCCCUUUUUUUGGACAGACAGAGAUUUAUACUAAAGCAGCUAGAGCAUUUACGGCUUUGUAUUUUAUAUAUUGGUUGGACUUUACAGGGUGCAUUUGAGUCCUGAUUAAUACUUGAAAAUAACUACUGGGCAAGAAUGUUUUCUUGCAUAUGGUUCACAGUCCACUUAUCGAACAAAAGUUUAGGUGCCAAAAGUUUAUAAUAUUAAUAAUACUGUCUACUUUCUCAAGUAUUGCUAGGAAAGUAAAGAAAAUCUGCUAGUACUGUAUAAUAAAGGAAUAACAACCUGCAGCUUUAUACGAGACAUUGGACAGACUUACUAGAAUGCAUCCUGUGCUGUUAUACUUGUCCGUAGAUUAUGGCUACCGGUUUUGAUGUACAGUCAUUUGGUUUUAUAAACAUACAGGAAUAUUUUUAAUGCAUUUAAAGCAUUCUUAAAUUUUUUUUGUUACCUUGUUAAAAUAAAUUUUAAAGAAUGACUGCUAAUUUAUUGUAAAAACUAAAAAUAUAAAAAUAAAAGUUAAUAAUGAUAAACUUUAAAUAAAACCGGAAGCCCUAAUUGUAGAUGAGAAAUAGUUUAUCAGAUUAGUUGAAGAGAAAAUGCUAUUUUUAAACAAAUCUAUUACAAUUUAAAUGAAUAAAUCUAUAUUAUAUGUGUGUUUAUGUAAAAACAGUUGUCCAGUGUAUUUCUCCAUACUGUCUGGACCAUGUUACCACUGUGCUGAGUACAGGAAGUUUGUGUCUGCUUUAACCCUCUGUGUUUGGGAUCCAUAGGUGUUAUGUAUGGCUGCUCGGGCUUUGUACACAUUGUAGAUCUAUUUUGUGCGUGAGUAUGCUGUAAUUUGUCACUUUAUGUUGUGAUUAUGUCUAUCAUUGUUUUGCUGCAGUAUGUGUAAGUUAUACAGUACAUGCGUUUUCUGUGCUGGCGAUACACAAUAGGCUUCUUUAUUUGAAGGGAUAUACAAUUUAGGAAACAAGGGAAUACGUGUUGUACUUUCUUUAUGUCCUAUUUACAGUGGAACAUCUGUUGUUUUAGUUAACAUACAUAGUGUGCAGAAAAAAUGCAUUCGAAGAUAUGAGGGAAAUUGCGAAAAAAUCCAAUCUGAUUAGAAACAAUCCAUCCAAUGCUUAUAUUUGGGACUUUGUUCACACAUUGUAGGCAAAGUUCCUGCCACUAUUCAGGUUUGGGCUACUUUAACACUUGUUUUUGCCUGAUACGGCAUGGAUCAGCAAAAACGCUUCCAUUACUGAUAAUACAACCAACUGCGUCCUUGAUGAACGGAUCCGGUUGUAUUAUCUUUAACAUAGCAAUG